AUGGAUUCACCGAUCGCUACAUUUCAAAAUGAGAAACUUGGAAUAGUCUCAGUGCCAUGGGUUACUGCGCCGCUUUCUCUUUGGACUACAUGGGGAACACUAGCUUUCUACCUUGGGCUCUUUAUCUGGCUUAUUCGGUCGGUGUCGGGACAUCGGCUUAAUAAUGAUAUCGAGAGGGUGCAUGCUCAAUACGGAACUGUCGUCCGCAUUGGUCCAAAUGAGCUCUCGUUUGCCACAGAAGGUGCCCUCAAGACGAUCCAUAAUCCCGGACCCGACGGUGGCCACUUCACGAAGCAGGGCACAAUUGAGUCUCUGCUGGCUAAACUCAUUUGGGCAGCGCCGAACCUCUUGACCACCACCGACAGAACUGCACACAAGAGACUACGUACGGCAUUACAACCAGCCUUCACAGCCAAGGCGUUGAUGGAACAGGAAGAUAUUGUUCAGCACCACGUCAACCGAGCCGUCGAGUCGCUAGGUUCUAAACUUCGAGAAUAUAAGGUUGUGAGUAUCAGCGACCAUGUCGGAAAGAUGAUUUGGAGUAUCGUUGGAGACUUGUCUUUCGGAGAACCGCUCCUCCAUGACCAAAUGAGCACGUACGAAAAGAUGAAGUACACUUACGGGAAAGGAGCACCUCUUCUAGAACUGUUUCAGUUUCUCACAGAAACUCCUAUCUUUGGUGGGCUUGCAAAACUGCCAGUUAUGAUUGUUCCACACAUUUUCCGCGUCCCUAAGAACUUUCUUUUGAUGAACCAACUUAGAGGCUGUAUCGAGCGACAAGGCGGGCGCAAAGACUUUUUAACCGCAAUCCUAUCCGCCAAAGAAUCUGCAGGCUUGACGCAGCCGGAGAUGUUGAGUAAUUCGGCUUUGUUCGCCAUGGUUGGCUAUGACACUUCGGCAACAACUCUAUCAGCAGUCUUUUACCACGUGCUACGAGACCCCGGCCACUACAAACGGGUUCAGGAAGAAGUCCGAGAAGCAUAUUACUCAGUCUCUGAAAUCACAGCCCAGAGUGUGCUUCGCCUCCCUUACUUGAAUGCCUGCAUCCAGGAAACACUGCGUCUCACGCCACCCAUCAAUGGUCGCGGGUCCCAUCGCAUUUCGCCUGGGGCCAUGAUUGAUGGCCUCUACGUGCCCAAGGGUGUCAAUGUCUCUGCCGAUAUUUGGACCAUCCAGCGUAAGCCUGAGUACUGGGCUCUUGCCGACAAGUUCAGACCUGAUCGCUGGCUUGACAACGGCCCGGGCACUGUUUUUGAGCACGAUGUCCGGACCAGCUACCGGCCAUUCCUCGUUGGACCUCGGGUGUGCAUUGGCCGCGAGAUGGCGUUGCAGUCUAUUCGUCUGACUGUCGCCAAAGUAGCAUUCUCGUUUGAUCUGGAGAUGGCUAACAAGGAUACUUUUGUUUGGGAGAGGGAUGCAGGCAACGAUUAUGUCUGGCAUGACUACCAUGUCUUGGUGAAGAGAGGGGCAAACUAG